CGCAUUCCUUUUGCGGCGUUUCCGUUAAGUUAAACACGGAACUGACGACUGACACUGCCGACUGCCUUGCAAUCUUUAUUAUGAGCUGGUUCACAACAGCCAAACUUUUACCAACUCUAUUUACUGAACUAUCUGACUGUCCACUCUCUGAAAAAUAGAACGUCAAUUUCCACAGAUAAAGCCCAUGGACACAACACCAAUUACCGGGCUGGAUGAGCUCGACAAGCACAUCGACGAUCUCAUUCAGGAUGUUACUCUAACUUUGAACCCGAAACUGUUUGAUGAUGUUGAGCUUCAACUCACAGAAAGCAAUAUCCCGCCUUUGAUUCCCCGUUUCCUUCCCCGGCUCACGACACUCCUCAAGCAAUACACACAGGACCCCACUGUUAUCGUGAGCCUGACAAUCAAGCUCUUGGGCCCCGUUUCGUUCUCCGAUAUCUUCUCACUAGCGGAAGCGGACGAUCUCGUCGAGGCCCUCGAAUCCCCAGCGCCAGCUGCCAACAUCCUCGCCAUGUCCGUCUUGCACAAAGCCGCUGCAAACCCCCAGGAUAUCUCGUUCUUUUGCUCAUACACGAACCUGGUGUCGUCCUUCAUCCGCCGUUGGCUCGCCGCUCCGCAAGUAGAGGUCGGUCAAAAGGGGGGGAAGGUCCUCGGUGACCUGCUCGACAUCGAUUGCCCCUUACCGCCGCCCCCACCACCAACCCGCCCCGUCGGCGCAUCGUCACACACCCAGCUCGGCCUCCGGAAGACCCCCGGCCAUGGCCGGCUCUGGAAUCUCCUCUUCAACGACCCGCAGUUCUACCUGCCCCUUCUCGACCUCAUCUCGGGCCGCCACCCGGACACGGCCAGCAACCCGCACCAGCUCUCCCUCGCCCAGGGCCGUGUGCUGCGCCUGCUGCCCCGGCUGGCAGCCAUCAACUUCCGCGCCGUAAGCAGCUCGAACAUGACGGCGCCGACGCCCGCGUACUUCACGAACGGAAGCGCAAGCACUGGCGGGCAGCCCAACGGCGGCGGUGACUCGGAGCAGCAACAGGAGCAGGAGCAGCAGCAGCACCCGCCGUCGCCGAAGCCGCCGCAGCCGGGCGAGGGCCUCCUGCAGUACGCCGCCCUGAGGAUGGUGCAGAGGUCGGACACCCUCAUGCACCUCAGCCUAGUCGACUUCUUCGAGACGCUCGUCAGCCUGAUGCGCGUCACGGAGCCGUCUGACGCCAAGCUGGAGACUCUGCGGGCCAUCCUCGGCGAGGCGACGGCCGGGGAUGGAAUUCUGAGGGAGGCGCUCCUUAGCUUGCCCGACCGGACGGUAGAGGAAGAGGCGGAGGACUUGAGGAGAUGGCUGCGGGAAGUGAUGCCUGGGGAGGAGGUUCGACUACCGGUAAGGUGAUGAUGAUGAGCAUUGCAGCAAGGACGCAAAGUCCUGUCUGGUGCUCGGUGGUUCUGUCGCUUCAAUGGCUACAUUCAACUCCAAGUUCUCUUCUAUCGCCCAGGUCAGGCAAGCCUCGUCGACUGAUGUUUCACUUGCGGCUGGUGUCACGUUCUUUUGAGCAGUAGCUGCUCUUCAUGUCUGUAAACACUGCAUCCUAGUACCCUCCGAGAACACAGCUCUGCCACAACUUCUCGCCAUGACGGCGCAUGCUCGGGAUGAGAUCCUGACUCCCUGUUUCAUUGGCUUGCGGUCAGAGUUUUGCUGAAAAAAAAAUUAUUCGAACGCAGA